CGAAAAACGCACAUUCUUGAAAACAACUCUAUUCACCCCCCCCUCUAGAGUUGCACAUUUGUCUAACAAUUGGUAUCGGAGCAGGAAGUUCUUCGAAUACGUUAUUUUUCAGGAGCUAAACGAUCAAAUGGCAUCAAGAAUGUUCAACGCAGGAGUGACCGAGGGACAAUCUACCACGAGGCCACCUUUGUUCGAUGGAACAAACUACUCGUAUUGGAAGGAGAGGAUGAGAAUCUUUAUCCAAUCCAACGACUACAAGCUGUGGUUGAUUGUGAAGAACGGAUGCGGAGUCCCGAUGAAGAAAGUCGGUGAAGUCAACGUUCCCAAAACCGAAGAGGAGUUCAACGACGAAGAUUGCAAAAAGAUGGAGCUCAACGCAAAGGCAAUAAACAUGAUUUAUUGCGGUGUUAAUGCGGAUGACUACCGCAAAAUCUCGCGGUGUGAAACCGCAAAACAAAUGUGGGAGAAAUUGGAGGUCACCUACGAAGGAACCGCGCAGGUUCGGGAGGCCAAAAUCGACCAUCUUACUCACGAGUACGAACUCUUCUCAAUGAAGGAAAACGAGAAGAUUGAGGAAAUGUUUGAGAGGAUGCCAAGGUGCAAGAACGCUUCAUCGCGUCAAGAAACGGCGGCAGAAGAGAGUGAGAGGCCAUGGCGUCGUGAAGGGAGCAAAUACAUCCACAUACAAACCGGACUAGCCUUCAACACUGGGGCUUCAGCCGAGAGGUUCCACAACAUGUUUCUGACAAAGGAGAUCGUCUCUCCUAAGAUUGUGGACAAGGACCUCUUCAAAUCGGCGACCUAUGCCCCGAGUAAGUCUCUUUUCUCUCAGCAAGAUUCUCGUGACCUCAAAUUUAGAAACUCUAGCAACCCGAGUGUCAUUAACCUCACUUUGAUUCAACGCGUUCAACAAUACAUCUUCUCCUAUGUUUUGUUGCCCCGUGAUUCGAACCAUGGCGUUGUCAACAAGGAUGAUAUUCGUUUGUUUCACGUCUUGUUGAACAAUGUCAAAUUUGAUUGGGUUCACUUCUUUGUCGUUGCACUUAGUGAUGGUACUCGGUUUUCCCAUCUCCGUUUUGCCAUCCCGAUCAUGCAUAUCCUUGCUCGUAGCAAAGUGGAUUUUACUCGGGACACUCAGGUACCGGUGAAGAAGACUUGCUUUAUCACGGAAGCAAAGUUCACCCGGACUGUCUACCGCGAGGUAAAUGAGCAAAAUCUGGAUUUGGUCAUUCCAGACGAAGUGGAGAGAGAGACAGAAGCUGAGUCAUCUCAGGCCGGAGGAAGUCGAACCACGGAACGCGUCACUCGUCAACGCAAGACUCGUUCGGGAGAAGAAGCACCAUAACCUUCUUGGGUGAAGAGGAUCUUUGAUACUCUCACAUGCAUCCGAGACGACGUUCGCCAGCUCAACGAGAGGAUGACUCGUUUCAAGCAUUCCCGCUCCUACCGUGGCCCGCGUCAUAACUUCAGCGGAGGAGCUCGUCCGGCGAACUCUCUUUGAUUAUUCUCUCUUCUGUCUUAACUUAUUAUGAUACAUUGCUAUUUGCUAUUGUUGUUAUAACUCUUUUGAUGGAUGAUGAUGUUGCUAAUUAUGCAUUUGAUUGUUGGUUUGGCAAUAUGGUUCUCUUUUAGAACAUAUUGUCCCUUUGUGGCAAUUCUUGUUAGAAAUUCUCCUUUUAAGAAAACUCUUGCAUUUUU